UGUUAGACCACUUUAAUAAUGCAGCACCUUAGUGACACGAGAUUAACGGACGGGACAGAGCGUGAAGAGCCCUCCGUUUGUUUGACGAGGGUCCACUGAGGCAAAGGCCCGACCUGUGGUAAACAAUACCGGUAUUUAACAGCGGCUAGUUUUCAAAACACCUCUUCUCGGCGACCAAUAAACAACAUUGUCGGCAAACGUCAAUUGGUCGUACAGUCCGUCUCAAAAUAAGUAAACAACAAAUUGAAGAAACCGCGAUUUCCUGUUGUCUCUGAUUGGCCGUUAGAAUCCAAACAGUGGCUCCGCCCAUCAGACGUUACGCAGGUCACACACGGAAACAAGAGAUUACUGUCGUCCGCUGAAUAUCCCGGAGCUCCGUGUCCACUGGAAAUAAGGUCUCCCAUGUAAACACUUCAGGCUGAGAGGAGAAGGUUUGGCAGUUUCUCUGUGAUGAUGGACAGUGAGUUCUGACAGCACCUCAAUGGAAGCUCCGGUCACAGCUGCCCCUCCUUCCAACUCCUCCACCCUGCCUCCCCCGGUUCCCCUCCGCCCGGCUGUCGCCCCAUCGGUCCAGCUUGGCUUCACCAUCCUCUACACCGCUCUGUAUGCCGUGCUCUUCCUGGUGGUGUACGCCCAGCUCUGGCUUCUCUACCUCUACAGACACAAAAGAUGGAGCUACCAGAGCAUUUUUCUGUUCCUCUGCCUGCUCUGGGCCGCCCUCCGCACCACCUUGUUCUCCUUUUACUUCUCUAAUGCUCUGCAGGCCAACCACUUACCUGUUGCCAUUUACUGGCUGCUCUACUGCUUCCCUGUUUGUUUGCAGUUCUUCACGCUCAGCCUCAUUAACCUGUAUUUCACUCAGGUGUUGCUCAAAGUGAGGGAGGCUUACAGCUCAGCAGGGGGCAGAAAAUUGUGGCUGGCACGGUGCAUGUAUGGCGCACUGAACGCCGUCUUCCUCUGCGUCAAUGUGGUCUGCGCGGCUCUCGGGGACAGAGGCCGCGGUGGGUCGGGGGAGCGGACCUGGAACCUGGUCCUGGUUCGAGUCAUAGUCAAUGACUCGCUCUUCAUCCUGGAUGCGGUGUUGCUGGCUGUUUUGCUGUUGCUCCUGACCAGACACUCGCACUCCACCAGCCCCUACCUGAUUAGCAAGGGGACCACCGUGUGCCGCACAGCAGCACUGGGAGCAGCCGUGAUCUUGCUGUUUGCCAGUCGAGCCUGCUACAACCUGACAGUCCUCUUUUUGUCCGAGAACUACCGGGUGGAGUCGUUCAACUUUGACUGGUACAACGUCUCUGACCAGGCUGACUUGCGAAAUGAACUGGGCGACAGUGGCUACCUGGUCUUUGGUGCCAUCCUCUUCAUAUGGGAACUGCUCCCAACCAGUCUGCUCAUCCUCAUCUUCAGGGUUCGCCAGCCCACUCAGGAGACCGACAGCAUGACCAUCAACAACAGGGUCCUACCUCGUCCAUAUUUCUUUGACGACCCUCAAGGCAGUGAUGACGAUGUGCCUGUUCCGUGGGCACGCAGUUCACAUCCACAGUCUGGCUGGUAUGGAGCAGAGACUGCUCCUCUCCUGUUUUCCAGCAACCCUCCAAACCAGAACCACCAGCACCACUCAUUCUACUCCACCCCCCAGAACUGACCCUGACCCCAGGGUUGUGGUAUUAUUCAUUCCUAGGACAAAGUAUACACACGGUUACCAGCCAAUAGUACCUCCCUCUAUGAGCAGUUUUUGCACUGAAAACCUCAGGAAAUUAUCACCAAACAGUGAAUAUGCACCUUGUAGUUUUUGAACAGAGAAUAAAUUUAAAGUCUUUUUUAGCUCAAAGGGAACAAACUCGGUGGGGAAAGGCCUGCCAGAUGUGAAUGGCCAUAUAUUGUGCUCAGUGAGCUCUUUAUUGGUUAAGGUUAAGCUGAGGUUUAACCCCAAGUUUUUAAUUUGUUUUAAAUAAGUCACUGUCCCAUUGCUAACUAAACAGGGGAAACCAGCUUUUACAAUUCCUAAAAAUGGCACAUUUAGCUUUAUUAGCAUUCCUUAAUAAAUGAAUACAUGUAAUGCAAUGUAGCACCAGCUGACAGCAUGUCAUAACCAUUGGUAACAGGCAUUGAUGAUACUAUUUUGCAGUUUUGUAAGGUUUAACUUAAGCUAACUUUUUAUGAAACAGACUAAAAUACAAUUUAACAACAGGCUCUUUUCUCAUUAUGUGUUUACAACAAAGUACUGUUUCUUUAAGACCACUGAUGUCUUUCAAAAUUUAAUAAUAAUUCCACGUCAGCUCAGCAGGAUCUCUCUUUUGUAGUCUCAGACCUAUACAUUUCUGCAGGUAUUGUUGAACUAUUUUUGGAUUGUUUCCUUGUUUGUUUUUCUCUAAGUUCCCUCCAUGGCCAGUGUCUGCCAUUCUUUCAGUUUGUGUGUCCUCAUUUAAAAUUUUCGUGAUUGAUUCAGAGUCUUAUUCCCUUACAGUGCAAGUUUAAGCUUAUUUUAUAACUUAUUUUUAUAACUAUACUUCUACCUUUUAAUCGUAGCAGAUAAUCGAAAGCUGUUCUCUGUAAUGUCUUUACUAGAAUGAGGCUUCUUCACAUGACUGACAUUUACUAUGUAAACAACAGACCAAUAAAAACAUUAAAAUGAA